AUGGCUACAGUUCCUCUCCACGCGAGCCGCACUCUACCUUCGUUACUGAAUGGCCCAACACCCCGAAAACCUGCAUUUUCUCACUCUCUUUCGCUUUUACCAAAAUCAGCUCAGCCUCAAUUUCAUGGCCUCAAGCUCUCCACCUCUUCCCACCUCUCAAUCACUUCUUCUGCUCCUGCAAAAUUUUCAAUCGUUGCCAAGGUAACAGAAGGGACGAUACCACCGGCGUUUACAUUGAAAGACCAAAGUGGGAGGACUGUAAGCCUUUCUAAAUUCAAAGGCAAGCCUGUAGUUGUUUAUUUCUAUCCUGCUGAUGAAACCCCUGGCUGCACCAAACAGGCAUGUGCCUUUAGGGACUCUUAUGAAAAGUUCAAGAAAGCAGGUGCUGCGGUUGUCGGAAUCAGCGGGGAUGAUUCAUCAUCCCACAAGUCGUUUGCGGAGAAAUACAGACUUCCAUUUACCCUGUUAAGUGACGAGGGCAAUAAAGUGAGAAAAGAGUGGGGUGUCCCAUCGGACCUUUUUGGUGCAUUGCCCGGAAGGCAGACUUACGUGCUUGACAAGAAUGGCGUCUGUCGUCUUAUUUACAAUAAUCAGUUCCAACCUGAAAAGCAUAUUGAUGAAACCUUGAAGUUACUCAAAAGCAUUUGA